AUGGAAGAGGACAACGCACCCCAACGCCGCCACAAGGACACGACGCCCGGCCACCACGACGGUCGCAGUCCACCGCACCGCCAGACCCUGCGACACCACCUCGUCGCGGCCCUGGGCGAGUUCGUCGGCACCUUUCUGUUCCUCUUCUUUGGCUACGCGAGCCACUCCAUGAUAGCCACGGCCGAGAGGCCGACCCCCGAGGGCCUCCGCGACGGCUACAGUGCCCAGGCAAACAUCUUCAUAGCCCUGGCCUACGGAAUGACCAUACUGGUCACCGUGUGGGCCAUGUAUCGCAUCAGUGGAGGGCUGUUCAAUCCCGCUAUAACUCUCGGCCUGGGCCUGGCGGGCCAGCUGCCCUGGAUCCGCAUCGCCGUCCUCUUCCCCACCCAGCUCGUGGCGUCCAUAUGCGCCGGCGCAGUCAUCGAGGCCAUGAUACCCGGCCCCAUCUCGCGGGUCAACACGAAGCUGGCCCCGGACGUUAGCCUGGCGCAGGGCCUGUUCCUCGAGAUGUUCUUCACCGCCUACCUCUUGUUCGUCGUGCUCAUGGUCGCGGCCGAGAAGUCAAAGGACACCUUUAUUGCGCCCGUUGCCAUCGGCCUGGCCGCCUUUGUCGCCAUGAUUCCAGGUGCUUAUUACACGGGCGCCUCGCUCAACCCUGCUCGCAGCUUCGGCUGUGCCGUCGCCGGCCUCGAGUUUCCCGAUCAUCACUGGAUUUACUGGGUUGGGCCGUUCAUGGGAUCCGUGGUCGGUGCUGCAUUUUAUCGCAUUCUAAAGUUCUUGAACUACGAGGAGGCGAAUCCGGGGCAAGAUUCGGAUUAUCCCCUGUAUAGCCAAAGGGUAUAG